AUGAGGGAGGUUGGGCCAGACGACCCACUGUGGCCCUUCCAACCUGUCCCAUAUUGUGAUUCCGUGUCUCCCCUCCGCAGCCACCGGGCCAGCCGAAGCCCUGCAGUAAAACUCCGCUGCCUUCCCCUUCCUCCCGCCCGGUCCCCGCGCUGCGGCCCCGCCGGGGCAGCUCUGGGCGGAGCGGGGCGGGCGCUGGCAGCGAGGGGCCGGCCCGGCGCGGAGGCGCGCGGCCCCGGCAGGCGGCGCUGUGUGGCCGCCGCCAUCGCCGCUCCCGCAGCUCCGCGGCCGAGAGGGGCCGAGAGGGGCCGAGAGGGGCCGCGGCUUCCCGGGCGCGGGGAAGGGCCCUGGGCAGGGCCAAGACGGCGGCGGGCGGCGGCGCGGGGUCACGGCGGCGCCAUGGGGAAGCGGGAUAACCGUGUGGCUUAUAUGAAUCCGAUAGCUAUGGCCAGGGCACGAGGUCCUGCCCCAAAUUCAGGACCAACAAUACAAGACUACUUGAACAGGCCAAGACCAACAUGGGAAGAAGUGAAAGAGCAACUAGAAAAGAAAAAGAAAGGAUCCAGGGCUUUGGCUGAGUUUGAAGAAAAGAUGAAUGAGAAUUGGAGGAAAGAACUGGAAAAACAUAGGGAGAAAUUACUGGGUGGAAAUGAGAGCUCCUCCAAAAAAAAAGAGAAAAAGAAAAAGGAAAAGAAGAAAUCUAAUAGGUUGUCUUCAUCUUCCUCUUCUUCAUCAAGCUCUGAUUCUUCCAGCAGUUCAUCUGAUUCAGAAGAUGAGGAUAAAAAGCAAGGGAAGAAAAGAAGGAAGAAGAAGUAUCGCUCCUCACGGAAAUCUUCAGCAAGCACAACUUCAGAAUCUGAGUCAGACAGCAAGGAUAGCACAAAAAAGAAGAGGUCAAAGGAAGACUGUGAAAAAGAGAAGGAAGGUAAAAAUCACCACAGGAAAAGGAAGAAAGCAGAUCGUGGUGAUGGACCUUUAUCAUCAGAAUCUGCAUCUGAAUCGGAUCAGACAGAGGAGGUGCAAGCAAAAAAGAAGAAAAGCAAUGAGGAAAAAGAGAAAACUGAUAAAACAAAAAAGAGAAAGAAGCACAAGAAACACGGUAAAAAGAAGAAAAAGAAGACUGCUGGUUCAAAUUCAGAUUCUGAAUAAUAUUUUAAAACAACCGGAGACUAUCAACAGAAGUGCAAUGACUAAAGGAAACUUAAACUGUGAAAUGACAGCAAACUUUACCAAACUGCAUGAGUUUUCCUGUGUUUUAGAAAUAUUCCUAAUCUUUCAGUAGCCAGCCAGAUGCAGCUGUGCUGGGAAAGACCAUUGUUAUUGCCUGCUGCUUAAUACAUGAGGUACAACUUUGAUAAGAUUCCAGUAAGCAGUGUUACAUGUUUGAGACAAUAUGAUAUGGUAGGCCACCUGAGGUGUAAAGUAUUGGAAAAUAAGAGUUAAACUUUUUAGAUAGUAAAAAUAGUCUUUUAAAGCAUUAGUAAAAGUCUUUAUUUGUAAAUCAGGACAAACUAAAUCCCAAGUUCAUCCUGCAGGUUAAUAUUAUGCAUAAACUACAAGCUGGUGUCUGCUAAUGGAAAAUUAUUGAUAACACUUAAAAGGCUGCCUUUGUAGAAAUGUGUAUCAUCUGCCCCAUUACUGUCUCCAUGCUUAUGAGAAAGGGAAUGCUACCAUUUUGGCUACCUGAAUAGGGUGCCUUUGCCUUUGAUUCUUGCAAAUCUUUGCUACUUUUAAUCCAUGCAUCUCUGCAUUCCUGGGAAGCUAGAGCUAUUGCCAGCAGACAUUUCUGAAUGAGCAGUUUUGGGCUUCCAAGCAUGUGCUUCUGCAUUAAGCAAGAGCAAUGACAUUUUGCAGUAUAACUGACAGUCAAAACAUGAAGAUUUUACCUCUGCUUUUUCAAAAUAGCGAUAGACCUUUGCUAGUAAAUAUGCGUAUUUCAUUUAAUGUAAUUUUGGUUUAAUUGAAAACUUCUUGCAAACACUGGUAGCUUUCUUUGCAUUAUCUUUAGAAUUGUUUUGCAUGAUUUGUACCAUUUUUAAAUUAACAAAAUGCAGGUAAUCAUUUGUUGUAACCAGUUCUACAAAUUACAUUUCACAAGCAGAUUUUCAUGUAUGUAUUUAGUUAUAGUUAAGUUCAUUGCUGUGUUUAAGUGCACACUUGCUGAAGUUAUUUAGCAUGUAAAAAGCAAGGUUUUGAUACCUUAACAGCUUCAUAUUGAAGCUGAUUUUACUCUGAGCAAGUUCAGUGGCAGAUCUGUUAUGUGACGUGUCUUGUUAGAUAAAAAAACUACUGCCAGAAUCUCAUUAAAGAUACUGUUUAAACAGUUUGUAUUUAUAUUUUUGUACUUGAGGGCUACAGAAUGUUGACCUAACUCAUAAAGCUGUUUUACUUUAGUUUAGUUGCUUUAGAUAACGGAAAAAAAAGCUUUUUUUAAAUUAAAUGUGCCCACAAGAAAACAUGAGCAACCAUUUGAUUUUAGUUUACAUUAAAUUCUCACUACAUCUUCCAUUGAAAUACUGAUUACUGGGCCUUCUGUUAGCCUUUAGCAGAUGCCCAUCCAUCCCAAAUAUAGUAGUCAAAUAUAGAUUGUAUUUUUGAUCUACUCCUUUUUUCCAUUGCACAGGUGCUAACUUAGAACUUACCUCUAUUGCAUACGGAUGUUUCAAAUGUUGUGUUGCCAAGAAUUUCAGGACAUUGAUUAUUACUGCAAACCAUAACUAAAAUCUGUGGGAGAAAGGUGAUUUCAUAUUGCCAUUGUACAGAGAAAUUGUCUUCAAGUUCUUGGGAGAAUACAACCAUGGAGUUGCAGCAAUGUGCAUCUAAACAAUAGUAAUAUUUUCAUCAACUAUUUUAUACUCUUGGGCUUGAUGUUACCAAUUCUAGACACUUGUCAGUGAGGUUAAAAUAAAGGUGAUAUGCAGUGAACAGAAGGGUUUGAUUUGGGGUUUGUGUUUAGUUUUGUUGGGGUUGUUUUAAGUUGUGGUGUUGCAGUUUUGGUAAAAGAACCUGUAAUGAACCAUAGCAUAAAUGCUCUGUCCUGUGUGAUACCUUUUUUGACUUUUACACAACCACCUGCCACAGAAAGAAAUAAAAAUGGAAAUGAGACCCAGUCUUCCAAUGACCCAA